CUACAAAAGGGAAAAAAAUGAAUUUUCCUUUUUCAGAUCCCUGAAUGUUCACUUUUCUUUUCCAGUUCUCUUUAGUGGCUCUCUUAACUUCUCUUUUCAGCUGCGACGACUUACCAGUGCUUCAAAUUUGAUGCAUUUUCUGAUUUCCAGGUUUAGCCACUUGUGGAUUUUAAUUAUCUUUUGUUUUAACGAAUAUGGGAAAAUCCCCUGCAAAAUGGAUCAAGACCUUACUUCUUUGGAAGAAAUCUUCAAACUCCAAUUUGCCGAAAGGAAAAGAUAUGCUGAAUUGUGCACAUAAAGGAGAGGUAUUGGCUUCCAAAGUAACUUUGUCUGAACUAUUAGCGGAUCCUCCAUCAAUUUCGGCACCUAUUCUGAUCAGUGCUAGUAACUUUGAGGACUCUAAGAAGGGUAUACCUACACAAUUGCCAAAGAGUGGAACAAAUAGUUCGUCUUCACAAGCGGUUGGAAAUGAUAAUGCAAUUAGCAACUUUGGCAAACCAGAAGAUCCUGAGAGGAUUAGGCUUGACCGAGCCGCUGCAAAGGCACAGGCUGCUUUUAGAGGUUAUCUGGCUUGCGGGGCGUUUCAAACCCUCAAGGGGAUCAUAAGGCUGCAAGCACUUAUCCGCGGUCACUUGGUUAGGCGACAAGCUGUGUCUACUCUGUGCUGUACAUGGGGAAUUGUUAAGUUCCAGGCAUUAGCUCGUGGUCAAAAGGGUUCUAAAACCUCAGAUCCAUUCAGGAUUAGUGCAUUUUCUCGGGUGAAGAAUUCAACAAACAAGGUGUUUGUUCAGAAGCUUCUAGCUUCGUCACCUUCUGUGUUUCCUCUGCGACUUCAAUAUGGUCCAGAGGAACCUAACUCGUUAUGGCAGUGGCUUCGACGCUGGACAUUUUCACGUUUUUGGGAACCCUCUUCACAAAUAAUUAGGAGUCUGAUAUUGAAGUCUCAAACAAAGAGAAGUGUGUGGAAAGUCUCCAAUGCGAAAGUAGAAAAUGGAGCUUGUUUUACUUCAGAGCAUGAAAAACUGAAAUGUGGUGUAAGCAAAGUUUCUGGCAACUCAACAGCAGAUACAGUUCCAGAGCAUCCUCAAAAUGAACUCGAGAAGGUUAAGCGCACUUUAAAAAGACUUACCACGAAGGAGGUUUCUAAAAAGUCCGAGGUUGUUAGGGAUAAAACAACACAGACUCUGACAAGAACUACUGAUGCUUCUGAUGUUUCAGAACAGGAAUCCGAUGAGAAGAUGAUGAGAGAUGUUAGUACACUACUAUCAAACCCAUCAAAACUUCAGGCAGAUAUGAUAUUAUCCCAAGAAGACACCUCUCUUGACGAGCCUAGUGUCUCUCCUGCAGUUGACUUGGCACCUGCUGAAAACGAUGCUAAAAUUGAAAACAUGCCGGUACCAGAGGAGUCAAGCUCUAAGGAUGAGAAGAUCGGUGGUAUGAGCUCAAAAAAACUAAACCAAUGGAGAGCUUCUUUCCCUGCAAAAACUGGUAAUCUAGAAGAAAUUGGAUUAAACAAAACGCCAAAAGUGCCCAGUUAUAUGUCACCAACUGAAUCUGUGAAAGCUAGGCUUAGGAGUCAAGGCUCUCCAAGGUCUGGUGCUUGGGAAGUGGUCGAUAAGAAUGGGUUAAACAGGCGAUAUUCGCUGUCAUCUUCAACCAAUAGCAAUCUAGGUUCACUUUCACCGCGUGCUCAAAGACAAGCUCAUGUAGCUGGUAAAGGAGAUAAGGUGGUCAGAGCGGAGUGGAGGAGGUAAUCCUCACACAAGGAAGCGUUUCAUGUUCUCUUGCAGUUCAAGGAGUUGAUGCAAGUUUCAUCACACGUCCAUCGAACCAGGAAAAUUAACAAUCUAAUCGUUUGUUUGGUGGGUGCAUUUUUAAGUGCACUAGUAUUUCGAGGUGUGUAAAUUGGCAAAUAGUGGUAUUAGUUAAUUUCCUUUUCACCCUUUUGUAUCAG